CCAUACAACCGCAAUCAGAAAACAUGGCUGCGGCCGUCGACAAUGUUGUGAAAGUGCUGGGAGAACAGUACUACAGAGAUGCCAUGGAGCAGUGUCAUAAUUAUAACGCUCGCCUCUGUGCUGAGCGCAGCAUCCUCAUGCCCUUUCUGGACUCCCAGACAGGUGUGGCCCAAUCCAACUGUUAUAUCUGGAUGGAGAAAAGGCAUCGCAGUGCAGGUGUAGCUCCAGGCCAGUUGUACACAUACCCAGCUCGUCGGUGGAGAAAGAAAAGACGUUCCCACCCCCCUGAGGACCCGCGCCUGGCUUUCCCGCCUCUCAAAGCAGCAGAUAUAGAGUUGGGACUGAAGCGUGAUGGACUGGGGGGCGUAGAUGGCAGCAGCUUGGAGGCACUACUCAAGGGAGAGCCUCUUGAUAGAAGGAGUGGAGUGUCUGAUCUUCGUAGCACAGAAGAAGAUCUAGCCACUGUGGAGCCUCCCGCAUCAGUGACUUCAGGACGCAUUCGCAAGAGAGUCCUGGACCAUGAUGACUACUUGGAUGACCUAGAUGAUGAGGACUUUGAAGAUGAGACGCCCAAAAGAAGAGGAAAAAGCAAGUCAAAAGGACGCAGCGAUAAGAAUGGCAAAAAGAAAUCUGAGGCUGCCGCCGCUGCACUGGAGGAGAGAGACAAACCGUAUGCCUGUGACAUCUGUGGGAAGCGCUACAAGAACCGUCCUGGCCUGAGCUAUCACUAUACACACUCUCAUCUGGCCGAGGAGGAGGGCGAGGACCGCGAGGAGCUCGAGGCACCACCCACUCCUCGGCAGCCUGACGAGCAAAAGACAAAUAAAAAGGGCCCCAAUGGUUUAGCACUGCCCAACGAUUACUGUGACUUCUGUCUGGGAGAUUCAACUUUAAAUCAGAAGACUGGCCAGUCCGAGGAGCUGGUGUCCUGCUCAGACUGUGGACGCUCUGGCCACCCCACAUGUCUACAGUUCACUCCAGUGAUGAUGGCUGCUGUAAAGACGUACCGCUGGCAGUGCAUAGAGUGCAAGUGUUGCAAUGUGUGUGGCACUUCAGAGAAUGAUGAUCAGCUGCUGUUUUGUGAUGAUUGUGACAGAGGUUACCACAUGUACUGUCUAACUCCUCCUAUGACUGAACCACCUGAGGGAAGUUGGAGCUGCCACUUAUGUCUAGCUCUCCUUAAGGAUAAAGCAUCCAUUUACCAACAGAACCAGAGCUCUGCCCCAGAGUGAUAUCACAACUCUUUCCAUCUGAUUCAGCGUCAUUCUAUCCUCAAAACACUAGGUCUACUUUAUCAGUUGGAGACAUAUCUAGUUUGUAGCAGCACAAGAGCACAGCUCUAUGUGUCCACAUGUAGUAUAAUCAGACUCCAGGCCACUGUGGAUUCAGUUUUCUUUGUCCAUAAUGUAUAGGCUUUCCUGGACUGAACACAUGCAAGAUCAAGGGAGUGAGAGCAUGCAGUAUCCAUAGCAACUACUAUCUCCAUGGGAGCGACCAGCAGCAAAGGAAUUAGCAUUACACGAUUAGCAUCAUGGCCAAUUAUCUUUACCCUUUCUUGAAAGUUUUCUCAAGAUUUUUCCAAAAGAAAUUAUGAUAAAUCUAAUAUUAUGAUGACUAAAGUAGUGGCAUCUUGUCUGUAGUUUAGUGUCAUCCGUGCAAGUUUACAUAUUUAAUGACCUACAUUGUGCCAAAGUACACUAACAGUAGCAACAAACUGCUCUGACCCGCUGCAUCAUUUAAAGCAAUAUAUAAUGUGAUGAAAACUAUGGCUACAAGUGAGAAUACCUCUACUCUAAAUACGAAACAGAACUCGACUGACUUCCACUCCCCCAAAAAUCAAUGUCAUAAAAAGUAGUUAUCACUGCUCAUUGUUCUUUACUGUAAUAGAUUGGUGCUCGCCUUUAAAGUCAGUUGUUACAUCUUUGAAUUAUUAACGAGUUGCUGUAAAGUCUGUAUAAUCGACAAUGGAUUUUGCAUGCAGGUCGCACCAGUAUUUAAACAUUCUCACAAUUUAGUGUCCCUAUUGUAAUGUUUUUGACCAUUUUGUAAACAGAUUGUAUUGGUAUUGGGAGUUUUUCUAGUAGAAAUUUUUAAAGUCUUGUUACUGCAAAGACUUAAAGUAUGGCUCCUUAUGCAUUCAAUGUACUGUAUUGAUAUUUUCUAUUUUUGUUAUGACUGAGACAUGUUUAUUUGACGCUUAUGUCAAACUUAAAAAAUAAGUAUUUGUAAAUGAUGUAUUUUGUUGUACUUUUUAUUUUUACAUUUCUUUGGUAACAUUUAGCCUGACUGAAAUAAAAAUCAAUAUAACAAUUGUUUUUUA